AUGUCCCGUUCGUCCACCCCGGCUCUGCCCAUGUACAAUGCCUCGAGGCAGGAUCUAGCGCCCCCUGACCAAGCUCCCAACCAUGCAGUCCUCACGCCUCAGGAGACCGCUACGCGCUUGUCCACCUCGCUGACACAUGGCCUACAACCGAACGAAGCCGCUACACGUCUCCACAGCGAUGGCCCGAACGAACUACCUCACGAGGAACCCGAGCCACUAUGGUUGCGAUUUGUCAAGCAGUUUCAAGAGACGUUGAUAUUGCUGCUUCUGGCUUCAGCCGCCAUCUCGGCAGUCAUGGGCAACCUAGAGGACGCCAUCAGUAUCGCCAUUGCUGUCCUGAUUGUCGUCACGGUCGCUUUCGUGCAAGAAUACCGAUCCGAAAAGUCCAUGGAGGCCUUGAAUUCGCUCGUACCUCAUUCCGCCCACGUCAUUCGAAGCGCAGAACGCAGACCCGACAAUGACACCCUCGAAGAAGCUGAAAAGAUUCCUUUGGCCAGUGCCGAGAAGGCAUCCAUGACCAUUCCCGCUGGCCAAUUGGUCGUGGGAGAUCUCGUCCUGUUCCAUACUGGCGAUCGCAUUCCUGCAGAUAUCCGCAUCACCCGUGCCGCAGACCUGUCCAUCGAUGAAUCCAACCUUACUGGCGAAAACGAACCUGUGCACAAACUCGCAGCAAGCAUUACAGCGUUGAAAAGAGAAGGAUAUCCCAGCUCGCCUGUAUACGCCUCCGAGGCUUCGGGCACUGUAGGCGCAGACCUCCGUCUCAACGAACAGAAAAACAUCGCAUUCAUGGGAACACUGGUUCGCUCAGGCUAUGGCCAGGGUAUUGUCAUUGGUACAGGCGGUGGUACUGAAUUUGGUGCCAUCUCUGCUUCGCUGCAAGAGAUUGAGAGCCCUCGUACACCUCUGCAACUUUCUAUGGACAAUCUCGGCAAGGAACUCAGUUACAUGUCGUUCGGAAUCAUCGCCUUCAUCAUGCUCAUUGGUUUCAUUCGUGGCAGACCAUUUCUGGAGUUGUUCCAAAUCGGUGUUUCUCUGGCCGUCGCUGCUAUCCCCGAAGGUUUACCCAUCAUUGUCACCGUCACACUGGCUUUGGGCGUUCUGCGCAUGUCCAAAAGACAUGCAAUCGUACGUAGACUCCCAAGUGUCGAAACUCUUGGAUCAGUCAAUGUCAUUUGCAGCGACAAGACUGGAACUCUCACCAUGAACCAUAUGACCGUCACUAAAAUGUGGCACUUUGACGACGAAGCACCUGUAGAUGUCGUCAAGGUACAUGCAACUGCUCCCUCGGAUUCUGCUACGCGCACCAUUCUUCGUAUCGGUAACAUCGUCAACAAUGGUCGCUUGGGCUCUGAAUCUUCUUCUCAUGCCACAGCGGCUUCGGCUGCCAUUCUUUCCUCUACCAUGGGAGGUGACAUGGCAAAUGCGAAGAGUCGUUGGACUGGUCAGCCCACUGAUGUUGCCCUUCUGGAUCUUCUUGACGCGUUUGGUGAAGAUGAUAUUAGACAAAAUAUUGGAAGCAGGCGCAAUGAGACGCCUUUCAGUUCAGAGCGCAAAUGGAUGGGUGUGGUAAUCCAGAACCCGCUUGAAUCCAAUGGAGCUGCGACCGCUUAUAUCAAGGGUGCUCUUGAGCGUGUUCUCAGCCGUUGCGAUACCUACAUGACUUCCCAAGGGCGCGAAGUUGUUUUGGAUGAGCAAAGACGCCAAGAAGCAUUGAAAGCAGCUGAAGACAUGGCACAAGACGGUCUUCGCGUUCUUGGUCUAGCAAGCGGAUCUGUUCGUGAAUCCAAGGAUCGCCGCAUAUCUCGUGGUACAUCUCCCAAGCCCGAGGGCUCCUCAUUGGCUGAUGAAGACCAUCUGUACACUGGACUCUGCUUUGCUGGUCUAGUAGGAAUGAACGAUCCUCCUCGCAAGGGUGUCGAUCGUUCCAUUCGCCGUCUCAUGGCUGGUGGAGUCAAGGUUAUCAUGAUUACUGGUGAUGCCGAAACCACCGCUGUAGCCAUUGCGAAAAAGCUAGGCAUGCCUAUCAACAUGUCAUCAGCACUUGGCUCGCCUGUCCUGCGUGGCGACCAACUAGACCAAAUGAGCGACGAAGAGCUCGCUCAAGCAAUCUCGCGCACCUCUGUCUUUGCAAGAACAAGCCCAGAUCACAAGAUGAAGAUCAUCCGAGCAUUGCAAUCAAGAGGCGAUGUCGUAGCCAUGACUGGUGACGGUGUCAACGAUGCGCCGGCACUCAAAAAGGCAGACAUUGGUAUUGCAAUGGGCAAACUAGGCACUGAUGUAGCCAAAGAAGCCGCCGACAUGAUCCUCACAAACGACGACUUUAGCACCAUCCUUGCAGCCAUUGAAGAAGGCAAGGGCAUCUUCCACAACAUCCAAAACUUCUUGACCUUCCAACUCAGCACCUCUGCCGCUGCUUUAGGUCUUGUAAUGCUGAGCAGUGCGUUUGGCUACAAAAACCCUCUUAACGCCAUGCAAAUUCUCUGGAUCAAUAUUCUCAUGGAUGGGCCUCCUGCGCAGUCAUUAGGUGUCGAGCCCGUCGACAAAACAAUGCUGCAGCUGCCUCCCCGACCCCGUCACGCUCGUGUACUCACUCCUCGCCUUAUCCGCCGUGUACUCCAAUCUUCUCUGGUCAUCAUGGCAGGCACGCUAUACACCUACAUCUCCAAUCUCUCCUCCACCGACCUCGCCUCUCACGAAGUGUCUCCUCGCGACACCACACUCACCUUUACGGCUUUUGUCCUCUUCGACAUGUUCAACGCCCUCACCUGCCGCUCGGCAACCAAAUCCCUGCUCUUGGGAGAAAUCAAAUUCACGGGCCACAAAGCCAAUGCCAUGUUCAAUUAUGCGGUUGCCGGUAGUCUGCUGGGUCAAGCGCUGGUCAUCUAUUUCCCGCCUUUGCAGGGAGUGUUCCAGACCGAGGCGCUCGGGCUCAGGGAUAUUGUGGGGUUGGUUGUGUUGGCGAGUAGUGUGUUUUGGGUCGACGAGGGGAGAAAGUGGUAUGAGAGGAGGGUUGCCAAGGGCAAUGUGCUCGGUGGGUAUAGUAGUAGGGUGUAA